AUGGUAGAUGAUUCAGCCUUGGCCGCUGCGGCGGCCAUUGUGCAGUCGUUUGCCGCCGACGGAAGCACCCCCAUGUCUCUUCCCUUCCGGAAGGACACGACGAGAAUCGAGCUGCCCGGUCGCGACACACCCGCCAAGCGCAGCCUCGAGCUCGAACUCGCCAAACUCGCCCAGAGGAUCGACAAGCUUGAGAACCGCGCCCACUCGGCUCCCACAGCCUUUCCAGAGACCCCCAACGAGGUCAACGACUCUCUCUUCGGAGAUGACCCGACUGGCACGUUCCCCUCCCUCGGCGGCCGAGUUGUGUCGCGGCCCCAGUUGCAACGAGAAGGUACACAGGCUGAUUCUGGGAGUGCAGGCAGCCCGCUGACUGACGAAGCUCUCGAGAGCCUCCAAGAGAAGGUACUCGACCAGGAGAAGGGUAUUUCCAGCGCCAGGGAAGAGAUCACCAGCGUCAGCGCCCAGCUGCUCGAACAGAAGGAACUGCAAGAGCAGGCGUUCUCUAGGAUCGAGCAGGACCGCGUCGCUAGGCUCGAGCGCGAACUAUGGAAACACCAAAAGGCCAACGAGGCCUUCCAGAAGGCUCUCCGAGAAAUCGGCGAGAUUGUCACUGCCGUUGCUCGCGGUGACCUCUCCAAGAAGGUCCGCAUGAACUCUGUCGAGAUGGACCCCGAAAUUACGACCUUCAAGAGGACGAUCAACACCAUGAUGGACCAGCUCCAAGUCUUCUCCAGCGAAGUGUCUCGCGUCGCCCGUGAAGUCGGCACCGAAGGUCUGCUCGGUGGCCAGGCCCGCAUCGAGGGUGUCGACGGCACCUGGAAGGAGCUUACAGACAAUGUCAACGUUAUGGCCCAGAACCUUACCGACCAAGUGCGCGAAAUCGCGUCUGUCACUACAGCCGUCGCCUAUGGUGACCUAACCAAGAAGAUUGAACGUCCCGCGCGUGGAGAGAUCUUGCAGUUGCAACAAACCAUCAACACCAUGGUGGACCAGCUGCGAACCUUUGCCUCAGAGGUCACGCGUGUCGCUCGCGAUGUCGGAACGGAGGGUAUGCUGGGUGGCCAGGCUGAUGUUGAAGGCGUCAAGGGCAUGUGGAACGAACUCACGGUCAACGUCAACGCCAUGGCGAACAAUCUCACGACGCAAGUGCGAGACAUCAUUGAAGUCACGACGGCUGUAGCCAAGGGUGAUCUCACGCAAAAGGUUCAGGCCGACUGCAGGGGUGAAAUCUUUGAGCUCAAAUCCACAAUCAACUCCAUGGUCGACCAACUGCAGCAGUUUGCUCGCGAGGUCACCAAGAUCGCGAGAGAGGUCGGCACCGAAGGACGACUGGGUGGACAGGCUACUGUGCACGAUGUUGAGGGCACCUGGAAGGAUCUCACCGAGAACGUCAACGGCAUGGCCAUGAACCUGACAACUCAGGUGCGAGAGAUCGCCAGAAUCACGACAGCCGUCGCCAAGGGCGAUCUUACCAAGAAGAUCGGCGUGCCUGCUCAGGGUGAGAUCCUUGAUCUCAAGAACACAAUCAACACCAUGGUGGACCGCCUCGGCACCUUUGCCUUCGAGGUCAGCAAGGUCGCUCGUGAGGUCGGCACAGAUGGUACGCUCGGUGGACAGGCGCAGGUCAACAACGUCGAGGGUAAAUGGAAGGACCUCACAGAGAACGUCAACACGAUGGCGUCCAACCUGACAUUACAGGUCCGAGGUAUUUCUACCGUCACACAGGCUAUCGCGAAUGGCAGGAUGAGUCAAAAGAUUGAAGUCGAGGCUUCGGGAGAGUUCCUGGUCCUCAAGGAGACGAUCAACAACAUGGUUGAUCGUCUUUCCAAUUUCUGCAACGAAGUUCAACGAGUCGCUCGAGAUGUCGGUGUCGACGGCAAGAUGGGAGCCCAAGCCGACGUGGCUGGACUCAACGGUCGCUGGAAGGAGAUCACUUCGGACGUCAACACCAUGGCUAGCAACUUGACUACACAAGUGCGAGCCUUCUCCGACAUUACGAACCUUGCUACCGACGGUGAUUUCACAAAACUAGUCGAAGUUGAGGCGUCUGGUGAAAUGGACGAGCUCAAGCGCAAGAUUAACCAGAUGGUGUCCAACUUGCGAGACAGUAUUCAAAGAAACACCCAGGCAAGGGAAGCUGCAGAGCUCGCCAACAAGACAAAGUCGGAGUUCCUCGCCAACAUGUCGCACGAGAUUCGAACGCCCAUGAACGGCAUCAUCGGCAUGACCCAGCUGACCUUGGACACUGACCUGACGCAAUACCAGCGUGAGAUGCUGAAUAUCGUCAACAGUUUGGCUAAUAGUUUGUUGACUAUUAUCGACGACAUUUUGGAUCUGUCCAAGAUCGAGGCGAGGAGGAUGGUCAUUGAAGAGAUUCCCUACACACUCCGCGGCACUGUCUUCAACGCCCUGAAGACCCUAGCAGUGAAGGCCAACGAAAAGUACUUGGACCUCACGUACAAGGUCGACAGCUCCGUUCCGGAUUAUGUUAUUGGCGAUUCUUUCCGUCUGCGACAGAUCAUUCUCAACCUAGUCGGAAACGCGAUCAAAUUCACCGAGCAUGGUGAAGUCAGCCUUACGAUCAAGAAGGCCGAUGAGCUCAAGUUUCCCUGCGGCCCCAACCAGUACGCAAUCGAGUUUGUUGUGACGGACACCGGUAUUGGUAUUGCCGCCGACAAGUUAGAUCUCAUCUUCGACACCUUCCAGCAAGCCGACGGAUCGAUGACCCGCAAGUUCGGUGGCACCGGACUUGGCCUGUCCAUCUCCAAGCGGCUGGUUAAGCUCAUGGGUGGUGAUCUGUGGGUGAAGAGCAAUCACGGCAAAGGCAGCGCAUUCCACUUUACCUGCAAGGUUCGCCUGUGCGACGUUGGUUUCGAGUCGAUCGAGAAGCAGAUCAAGCCGUACAAGGGCCACCAAGUCCUUUUCGUGGAUAAGACGCAGACGGCUUACGGUAUGGAAAUUCGCGACAUGCUUGGCGCCAUUGGUCUCAUUCCCGUUGUUGUCGAUUCCGAGAAGAGCCCCUCCCUGGACAGGGUCCGCGGCAUGGCCGCCGCGUCCAUGCCUUACGACGUCAUCAUUGUCGACUCCAUCGACACAGCGAGGAGACUCCGCUCGGUGGACGACUUCAAGUAUCUCCCCAUCGUUCUCUUGGCCCCCAUCGUCAAUGUCAGGAUGAAGGCUUGCUUGGACCUUGGCAUUACAUCCUACAUGACAACGCCUUGCAAAGCUGUCGACCUUGGCAACGGAAUGAUCCCGGCUCUUGAAAACCGUGCCACGCCUUCGUUGGCAGACAACACCAAGUCGUUUGAGAUUUUGCUGGCGGAAGACAACCGAGUCAACCAGCGUCUGGCCGUCAAGAUCCUCGAGAAGUACCACCACGUUGUCACGGUCGUUGGUAACGGCCACGAGGCUGUCGAAGCCAUCAAGCGAAAGAGGUUCGACGUCAUCCUCAUGGACGUGCAGAUGCCCAUCAUGGGAGGUUUCGAGGCCACUGGCAAGAUCAGAGACUACGAGCGCGAGGCCGGCUCCCACCGAACGCCUAUUAUUGCCCUCACGGCACACGCCAUGAUGGGUGAUCGUGAGAAGUGCAUCCAGGCUCAGAUGGACGAGUACCUGUCGAAGCCGCUUCAACAGAACCACCUUAUCCAGACGAUUCUCAAAUGCGCAACCCUCGGUGGGCAGCUCCUCGAGAAGAACCGCGAGCGAGACCAGCCGCACAAGAAGGAGGACGGCGACAAGAAGACGGAUGAUUCUGGCUCAAGCCUCCGGCCUUCGCUGGAGACCCGUGCUUUCACGUCUAGGGACCCGCUGGUAGGACAGGGUCUCGACAGCCCGGCCCUGGUGACUGCGGAUCAGGAGGAUCCCAUCUCGAGAUUUCACUCGAUGAGGUCUCACAGCACCUAG